UUUACACUUUUAUCAAGCUUCUUCACAACCAAACAAACUAUGAAAACAUUUUCAUAUAAAAAUUCAGUAUUAAUUUCUGGAGAUAUCGAGAGAGAUCCGAUCUUUUAUUUAAUAUUAUUUUUUGUUGGAAAGUUAAUCUAAGGUUUCCUUAGACUAUUUGGGAAAAAGUCAAUAUAGAAAAUGCCAUGUAAUGCGUAAAAAAUAAUAUAUUUUCUGAAAUGAUGUUUGUGUGUUCUUCCGUAGGCAUUAGUCAAAAGCCUUUUGUUUAUACUGAAUUUUUUAAAAUCUGAUAUUUUAUUUCUAUUUUUUUUAAAAUUGUAAAUUUUGUGUUUCUGGGGAAAAAAGGUCAAGCUCCAUGGCAUUGGUGAACAAAUAAUUUUCAGCAGUGCAUGUGUUUGUCUGUGUUCCGCAGGUAUUGACAUCAAUCAAAAGCCUUUCACUUGCUAUGAAAAAUUGUAAAAAUCUGAUCUUUUAUCUUUUUGGUCAUCAUCUAGAUGUCCGGGCUUCCUUAGAUUAUGGAAAAAAGUCAACACCGACAAAGUUGCAAGCUUAAGUUUUUUCACGCAAUCACUGUUGUACUUAUGAACAGAUCUUACCUGAGCAGUUUUUAUUAUGCUCUAUUAAAUUCAGGUCAGAUGGCCACAACCUCCGUGAGAUGUCUUAUCAACAGUAUCUCUCGAUUCAUUCAUCUGGUGUCAUGCCAGACAAUAAAAGGUGUUCCCAUUGAAAAGGAAUACAGGAAAAUUGUUGUUGUGUUAAAACUUUUAAAACCACUGCUUGAUGAUGUUGUUGAUUGCGAGAUACCGUCAGAUGAAGUUCUAUUUAAAGACUGUGAAGAGCUAGACAUGCUUGUUAAUGAGGCUCGAGAAUUCUUGGAGAACUGGUGUCCUACGAUGAGCAAAACCCACCGGGUUCUCCAGUGUGAGCCUUUUCUGAUAAAAAUGCAAAGCUCUUCACUUGAGAUAUGUCACAUAUUGUAUAGAUUGUUGCAGUCAUCACCGUCCACUUCAAGUAUAACCAGUGUAGAGCAUUGUAUGCGGGAAAUUGAAUGUCUGAAGCAGGAGAGACUAUCAGAAAAUAUAGGAGAGGCAUUGAGAAGUGAAAAAGAUGAUGCUAUUCCUUGCACUGAUCAUCUGAUAAAAGUUAUCAAAUUAUUAAACUUGAAGUCAAACAGGGAAUUGCUAAAAGAAACUUUGGCAGUGGAAAAAGAGAGAAUAAAUGCGGAAGUCAACAACGCAAAAGGGAAAUUAGAAAUCAAUCAGAUUGUGGAUCUCAUCUCCCAAAUACGUGAUUGUAUGCUUAAAAUUGAGCACUUUGAACCCACAAGUGGCAUUUUGAUACCUCCAUACUUCCUUUGCCCCCUGUCGUUGGAACUUAUGCUGGAUCCUGUUAUUGUGGCUUCUGGGCAAACUUAUGACAGGGCUUCCAUCCAAAAGUGGCUUGAUAUUGGACUGACCAUCUGCCCAAAGACCCGUCAAACGCUCACGCAUACAAAUCUCAUUCCAAAUUACACGGUCAAAGCUAUGGUAGCAAGUUGGUGUGAGGAAAACAACUUACGCCUUUCGAAUAACACUGGGCAUGCAAAACUUGUCUCAAUCUCUUCUUCUUCAAAUCAUAUAUCUUCUGAAGAUUUAACCCAUGCUGAUAGUUUCCACUGCUUUGCAAGCAGUAGUAGUUCCACGUCAAGAUCAUCUCUAGAAGUUGGAAAUGGUUUAGAGAAGCAGAAGAUUGACGUCUCAUCUAGAUUUGGCGGAGAAUGCAAUAGAUGCCAAAGCAGAAAGAUUGACAAGUAUGACCACCAAUCCUCUGAUCAGUCAUAUAUUCACAGCAGCACUGAAUCAACCUCGAGUGAAAUUUCCAGCAUUGAUCAUGUGCCUCCUGCUUUGAAUUACUUGUCAAGGAGGUCAAAGAAACAUGAAAUGAAUGAGUUAGCUGAAAUUUCAUCUGAGGGCCUUGGCAUUUUUCCUUCAACAAAAGAAUCCGGAUUUUCUCCCUGGAUAACAGGAAAGCAGUUGCAGGUCUCUGGAACAGAAGUAGAAGAGACGGUCAAUGGAAAUCAUAAUUAUAACAGAUCAUACUCCAUUGCAUUUUCUGGGUCAGGGUAUGAUGAUUUGACCACAAGUUCCCAUGUGAAGAAAUUAGUAGAUAACCUUAAAAGCCUAUCAAAUGAAAUCCAAACUACAGCUGCUGCAGAAUUGCGCCUUCUUGCAAAGUACAACAUGGACAAUCGUAUAAUUAUAUGCCACUGUGGUGCUGUUGCACCAUUACUUUCUCUAUUGUACUCGGAGGUAAAGCUAACCCAAGAGCAUGCUGUUACAACCCUUUUAAACCUCUCAAUUAAUGAAGAUAAUAAGGCUAUGAUUGCAAAAUCAGGAGCAAUAGAGCCACUAAUUCAUGUUUUAAAGUCUGGAAAUGAUGGAGCCAAAGAAAACUCUGCGGCAGCUUUUUUCAGUCUUUCUGCCUUGGAAGAGUACAAGGCAAGCAUUGGACGUUCUGGUGCUGUCAAACCCUUGGUGAAUCUUCUGGGCUCUGGAACAUUGAGAGGAAAAAAAGAUGCUGCUGCUGCUUUGUUUAACUUAUCAAUCUUUCAUGAAAAUAAGGCUCGUAUAGUUCAAGCAGGUGCGGUAAAAUACCUUGUCAAGUUAAUGGAUCCUGAUAGUGGGAUGGUUGACAAGGCAGUUGCUCUUCUCUCAAACCUGUCUACAAUUGGUGAAGGGCGUUUGGCAAUUUUACGAGAAGGUGGUAUUCCAGUACUAGUUGAAGUUGUUGAAUCAGGAUCACAGAGGGGUAAGGAAAACGCUGCCUUUUUAUUGCUGCAACUAUGCCUUAAUAGUCCCAAGUUCUGUACCCUGGUUUUGCAAGAAGGGGCUGUGCCACCCCUUAUCGCAUUGUGUCAGUCUGGCACACCAAGAGCAAAGGAAAAGGCACAACAGCUUCUCAGUCACUUCCGAAAUCAGAGAGAAGGUGCCAACGGGAAGAGCAAGACAUGAAAACUGAAAACUUUUGUCAUAAUUCCUUUUCUGAUCUUUUGAUAUCCUACUCUAUGUAAAUUGUUCUCCUUCAAUUGGUCCUUUUGGAGCUCUCUUUCAUACAUUCUUUAGUUCUCCAGCUUUAAGCAAUAGCAUUGUGAACUCUAUUCUUUGUUUCUUUUUAAUCCCAUUUCUUACAAGGUGGUUGGGGGUGCCGGAGGUAGGGAAAUAGGGCUAGCUUUCCCAGGAGGUUGUGGGUUGUCUAUAAUUUGCCACGUAAUUUUCCUUAGAACUUAGUUUGCGAUGCCCAUGGUAUUGAGUGUAAGUUUUCAUUUUGUUUUCUUGGUUUUGUUUUAAUUUAUGUAGUAACAGAUUUGUUCCUUAGUUUUGUAGAUAUGUUGUACAUAUGCUAUAGACUCCUGUGGUCUGCUAUAGGAUCUUGUUCAAAUGAUAUUUUUGCCAUUUGAUGUCAAAUGUUCCAUUUUCUGUGCUUCUGUUAAUUUUUGUCGUUUUUAUGUGCUUUUAUACUUCUUUGACGAAAGCGCUUCAUCCUCCCGCCUGGUACUCAACAAUAUUGUCAACUGGAAAAGAAUGGCCAUUUGAGUGGUGGAUAUGCUUCUUAGCCAUCUUGUGGCUCCAAGCGUUUGCCGGGGGCUGAAGUAAUCGUCUCUCUCUCUCUCUCUCUCCCGAGUCUCUUUCAUAUUGGUAAUCACCAUCAAUGAAAAUGGGUGGCCACAUAAUUAAUUCUGAAAAUAUAUGAGAAGGCCAUGAUGGGAAUCUUCUGAUUUUUAAGUAACAUGGCAAGUGAAUCAAUAUCUCCUGUGUGGUUAUCUCUAUUGAAAAAUAUUGAAUCUGCGCAACUUUUCA